AAAAACAUAGAUUAAUAUAGUCGCAACGCGCCUGCGCAGCUGCAUCGUGUGCUCACGGGAAGUGACGAAGCGAAAGUAAAUCUCUUCAGAAAGUUUCCUCAGCCGCGGCUUCCAAGUUGUGCGAAUCGGUUUACCUGAACAGGUGAGUCCGGUCUGGUUCGGUUGUGAUGUCAGAGUUCCGAACCUGCACGGAGCUGUUCGGCCCGGGCGGGUCUGGACCUGAGCUCGAUACCAGCCAGGUUCUGGAGCUGCAGCUCAGGCCGUAUAGGUUCUGCUCUCUGAUUGGUUCUGAUGAGUUCAGCUGUCAGUUUAAACGGAACCAGGAAUGAUUGGAUCAUGAGUAGUUCAGGUUCGGGUUCGGAUCUGGAUCAGAACCAUGGCUAACAGCUGAUUUCUGCUCCGGUUCUGUAGCUUCACUCCCUGGAUCCUGAUGGAUGAGACCUGAGGGAGAGGAAGAGGAGGCCACCUGACCCGUCGGUCCAUCAUGGUUCCGAUGGUUCUGUUACUGCUCUCACCAGCAGAACUCUAACCCGAAUUAUUCAGACCGUCCAGGAUGUACGGACCUUCAACUAUGGAACAAGAACCGGACCCGGACCUGACCAUCGUCCUGCUAGGGAACUCUGGCGUGGGGAAAAGCGCGUCGGGGAACACUAUCCUAGGCCGCACGGUGUUCCGGUCCCGGGCGUCCUUCAGUCCCAGCAGCAUCCCUGUCAGACAGGAAGCGGGUCGGGUCUUUGGGACGCAGGUCCGGGUCGUGGACACAGCCGGGAUCCUGGAGUUCGAGGAGCAGAUCCGGUCCUGCUGCCAGGAAGUUCAGCUGACCAGCCGGGCCCACCUGUUCCUGCUGGUUCUGAAGCUGGACCGCUUCACCCAAGAGCAGAACCGGGCGGUUGAGGCGUCCCUCAGGGCAGUCGGGGGGCGGGGUUUCAAUCGCUGCUUCUUGCUCUUCACCCACGGAGACGCCCUGAAGGACACCUCGUUAAGGGACGCCGCCUCAUUAAGGGACGCCGCCUCAUUAAGGGACGCGGCCCUGAGGGACUUUGUGUUCAAGGACGAGCAGAGCUCGCUGCCGGAAGUGGCCCGCAGGUUCUGUGGGAGGAUGCACCUGUUCAACAAUGAGGACGGAGGAGGACAGCAGGUCCAGGAACUGUUGGACAAGGCUGAACACCUGCUACUAACUGCAGAAUCUUUCAGUGACGGGAUGGACCUGGUCACAGGUUCUGAUGGUCCAGAUGGUUCUGCUGGUUCCACCGCCCCGCUGAGGGACAGGAGGAUCGUCCUGAUUGGACCAGCUGGUUCUGGAAAGAGUUCUGCUGGGAACACUCUGCUCGGGUUCCAGCGCUUUGAACCAGACUCGGACUUUGCCGGAGUGUGGUCGGACCCGGAGCGCGGUUCUGCUGAGGUGGGCCGGGUCCAGCUCACUGUGGUGGAUUCGGCCGGACUGCCGGAGGAGGUUCUGACACUGGACCAGCUGGUUAUAGAGCUGGAGGCCCGGAUGUUCCUGGCGGCACCGGGACCUCACGUACUGGUUCUGGUGCUGAAGAUCGGCCGGUUGAGCUACGGUUCCACCCAGCUGCUCCGCCUGCUGACCCAGCUGCUGGAUCAAAACCAGGACCUGGCCCGGCAUGCUGCGGUUCUGUUCACCCACGGAGACGUCCUUGGGGGGCGUAGCCUGCUGGACCGGGUCCAGGCUAGCAGCUGUGUGUCGGACCUGCUGACCCGCUGCGGCGGCAGGCACGCAGUUCUGGAUAACACUCGGAACCGGGACCGGGUCCAGGUGGAUCGGUUCCUAUGCCUGCUGGACCAGAUGGUCCAAGAGAACUCGGGCCGGUUCUGGAGCCCAGCUGACUGGAACCGACCACCAGAACCUGGUCAGACAUUUUGGAGCAGACUAAGAGGAUCGGGUCUGCUCAGGGUUCUGUCUGCAGUCGGAUGGAUCCAGAUUUUGCUGGUUAAUAACCAGAACUAUUGGUUCUGCUGCUGACCCAGAGACACGGGACCAAGCCCAAUCCUGGUUCUGGUCCUGGCUCCAGUUCUGAAUAUAUCUGGAGCAUCCAGAACCAGUCCUGUCAAACGGGACCGGGUCUGUCCACAUUCUGCUGCUGAGCCAGAGACAACAGUUUUUAUUUUUCUGCAGAACAAAAAUAUUUCUGUUUUUUAUUUUGCAUUUUUGGAUGAUUUUAUAAUAAAUUUUUAAAA